GUUUAACACUUGCUGCUAUAGUAGAAGGGCGGUACAGGUGCAGUGCCUAUUUGCACGCAUCAGCCAGUCAAGGCGGAUAUAAAUAGUAGGCUAACGGUUAAUUAGUUAGGUAAGGAAUUCGAGAGGGGCCUGGCUGUGAUCAUUUGAUACACGGACAGGUAACUCAAGCGUUGCAGAUUGUCGGUGCAUCCAGUCCAUAUAUAAGUCCUCAUCCGCUGUCAUCAGUCACCACAAAGCCUUACAUCCUCUGCUUUGGACACCGGCGAGGCGAGACCAUCGAAGCGGUGAGUAGGAUAAAACACUAUUUGAGUUUUUAGUGUGACGUGUGCGUGCUGUUACUUUGCUGACAGAGUGAUGCUCAGGUAGUCAGCCUAGUGCGGCUCAGGUGAUACGCUGCGGAGGAAGUUGCAGGUUCAUUUACCUGGCAGACACUCUUUUAGGGAAUUUUUCUCGGAUUUGGGUUUUUAACGGAAUUGGGCUUGAAGGUUUUCGAUAAGUAGCCUAGACUAUUCCUAAUCCAUUUGGCAGACGUCAUUAUGCAUCUGCAUGCAGAAGUGUUGUUGCGUGUUCAUCGAUAGCCUUUUUGACAGAUAAUUUCAAAUCGCCUACAUCAGAGGAAUCGGAUCCAGCAGCCAGAUUACGCCAAAAACAGAACAGGGACAUCAACAUAAUUUCACUAAAUUGACAUCAGCAGAUUAUCAGAGCAAGGAGAGGAAAGAGGUUGACAGAGAAAACGAACUAAAGCAGUACUUUUAGAAGUCAUCACCUGGGAGGGAGAGAAAGGGACAUAUAAGUAGGUUUUAAAGGUUGUGUUGUUCAAUUCAUGGCAGUGUUGUUGGUUGUGGUUACUUAAAAUUGAUUAAUUUGAGAAAUAUUCGGAAUAAUUUACUACGUUCCUCAAUCCUACAGGAUUAAUAUGUCACUCACUUCUAUCCUUUCUGCGGAGGAUAUCGAGAAUGCCGUCAAGGAGUUCCAAGGUAGGUCUUACUUCAGGAGGCAGGACUACCUGAGAAAAGAGAGAGAGAGAGAGAGAGAGAGAGAGAGAGAGAGAGAGAGAGAGAGAGAGAGAGAGAGAGAAAGAUAGAGAUAGAGAUAAUGAAAAUUAGAGGAAAACAGAGAGAUGAGAGAGAUGGUCAGAUUGUAACAGACUGUUAUCAUGUACUGUAAGAGUUAUUGUUAGCCAGACUGCUUCCUACUCAGUACUAUGCUGACAGUAGCCCACAGACUAUUGCAGUAGAAUUUAGCAUCCUGAGGAUGGGUUUAGUCCACGUGCUGGGGUGAAGAGGACUGUACCAGUUUAGGAAGAGUGUCUGUGUGCCAGCCUAUAAAGGGAGAAAUGUCCAAUCUGGACUGCAGCCAAGCUACCUUCUAAGCUCCUCAGCGAGUCAACCUUGCCUGAACUCUAACAUGUGUGUGUAUGUGUGUGUGUGUGUGUGUGUGUGUGUGUGUUUGUGCACGCUCACAUGCUGCAUGUCCACUGUCUGUGUGUGCAUGCAUUGGUGGUGCAUGGGUUCCAGUGGUGGCUGGUGGCACUUUAAAAGGGGAGGAUGGGUCAUAGGAAUGGCUGGAAUGGAAUGGUAUCAAACACAACAAACACCUGGUUUCCAUGGUUUCCAUGUGUUUGAUACCAUUCCAUUCACUCCAUUCCAUCCAUUAUUAUGAGCCGUCCUCCCCUCACCAGCCUCCUCUGACAUGUUCUCCCUUAAUCCCUUCAGCCCCAGACUCCUUCAGCUUCAAGAAGUUUUUCCAGCUGUGUGGCCUGACCUCCAAGUCUCCCAAAGAAGUCAAAGAUGUCUUCCAGAUCCUUGACGACGACAACAGUGGCUACAUCGAGGAGUCAGAGCUCAAGUAUGACAUUUGGAGUGAUCCUUUAGAAGGGGGGACACUUGCGACCAAUUUCCUGUGUAAUGAUAACAUAGGAAUGCAAAUUACAUAGUCAUUUUACUGACGCCUUUAUUCAAAGUGACUUAUCAUUAACACGUACAGUACAUUCAGUUGGCUGUAUGUGGCCUUGGUGGGAUUCAAAACUACAACUGUGCCAAUUAGCAGAUGCUUUUAUCCAAAACAGCUCACAGUACAGUGACUACAUACCGUACAUUUUUACUAAGCAUACAUGAUCCCUGCGGGAAUUGAACCCAUGACCUUGGCAUUGCCAGCAGCACACUCUUACAGAUGAAACACACAGGACCACCAACCGUGCCGGUGGCAACCUGCUGAGCCAUCAGAACCACAGAGAACAUUUCUAAAUGUAUGCGGAGUGACAGGAGACAAUACUAUUUAAUACAAUUACCUAUUUUUUUGUUGCAAGUGCAACAAAUGCCAAUGAGAUCAAAUUGUCCAAUCCAACUCCCCUGUCAUUUUAAUGGAAGGCUACCAUUAAUCCGUUUUCUUAAUAUAAUCCAUGGGUUAAAAAAAGUAUAAUUGUUAUAUUUACAUUAUAUAAUGUGCUGACUAGAUUAUAUAAAUGUGCCAGCGAGCAGAAUUUAGGACACCAACUGUAUGACCCAAGUACAAUUUGGUUCAUGGACAGAUGCAGUAUAACAGAGAUUUUACUCAAUUCACAGUCCCUCACCUUCUAUGACAAUGCAUAUAGAGACUGUGCAGCAAAAAAACACUCGUUACAAAGCUAGCGAGAGGCUGAACAUUGUUACAAAGCUGGAGAGAGACCAGGCUGAACAUUGUUACAAAGCUGGAGAGAGACCAGGCUGAACAUUGUUACAAAGCUGGAGAGAGACCAGGCUGAACAUUGUUACAAAGCUGGAGAGAGACCAGGCUGAACAUUGUUACAAAGCUGGAGAGAGACCAGGCUGAACAUUGUUACAAAGCUGGAGAGAGACCAGGCUGAACAUUGUUACAAAGCUGGAGAGAGACCAGGCUGAACAUUGUUACAAAGCUGGAGAGAGACCAGGCUGAACAUUGUUACAAAGCUGGAGAGAGACCAGGCUGAACAUUGUUACAAAGCUGGCGAGAGACCAGGCUGAACAUUGUUACAAAGCUGGAGAGAGAUCAGGCUGAACAUUGUUACAAAGCUGGCGAGAGGCUGAACAUUGUUACAAAGCUGGCGAGAGACCAGGCUGAACAUUGUUACAAAGCUGGCGAGAGGCUGAACAUUGUUACAAAGCUGCAGAGAGACCAGGCUGAACAUUGUGCCAGAGAGUUGAUCAUUUGUAUGUUUCGGCUAUAUAACCUAGCUAUACUACUUUCAAUCCUUGUUUAACUGGAACCAAAGUGCCUUUAUGACACAAGGGCUGUGCUGGAAAACAAAUUGUGUGUGUGUGCGCACGGGACAGACGCGUGGUACAGUAUGUGUAAGGCUCACAAAAUGAUUGAAUGUGUGUGUGUAUUCUGAUUGUGUGUGUGUCUGUGUGUGUGUGUACUCCCCUAGGUUCUUCCUGCAACGGUUUGUUCCCGGGGCGCGGACGCUGACGGACGCUGAGUGCAAAGGCUUCCUGUCUGCAGCUGAUGAUGACAACGACGGCAAGAUCGGAGUAGAAGGUGAGUUGCUCUCUGUAAUCACCUGCAGGCUGGGGCAUUAUCAGGAGCCACUUGGUAAGGCUGUUAGUAUUUCCUUGUAUCAAAUAGUUUAAAGUUCUUUCCUGACUAUUGCAAAUCCUGUUCCAGUAUGGCAGAAUACUAUAGAAUCUAAGCCAAGCAUGCCGAUGGUUGGGUCUCUCUUCAUAUUUAUGGCAUUGUAUGGCCAUGUGUAUUUUGUCGUAUGAGAUUAACGUUAUGCUCUUUAGAGUUGUAAUCCGCCCUGACAACUGUCAACACAUAUGUAUGGCUUUGAAGGGCCAGCCCAGAGUAGAGAGAAGAGAAUGGAUAGAGUGUAGGCUUUACAGACAUCAGAUGUUUCAGGUCAUGAGGAAGGCAUUGGGACAACCCUGGUAGAGUAUAGAGUAGCAUGUGUGCAAGGUUUUGAGGGUGACAGGAACAGAUUGUGGAGCUUAAUCAGAUGCUCUUAAUGGCAAUGCCAGUUGGUCUCCUUGCCAAACAGAGAUCCAUAAGUCACAGCCUCCAGCAGACCUUGGUUCGAAAUAGUAUUCGAAACCUUUCAUAUACUUUUAGCGUUUCAUUGAGCCUACCUGGAGUGCCAGAUGGGCGACAUUUGCACUUUUGGGUCUAUUCCAUUGAUUCCAAUACACCAGACAAGCUCAAUCAAGCACAGCUAAAGAAAUCGAAAUAUUUCAAAUACUAUUUUAACCCUGGUCUGGACCUCCAGAUGCUAUAAUAAUGGUUAACAGCCAGCUUUUAGCACUAUCUAGGGCUGGGCUGCAUAAACUGGCCAGGCUGGGAUUGCAUAACCAGAUGAAGGAUUCAGACAACCCCUAAACAUUAUUCUCUGGUUACAAACCAACGAUUUGGUUCAGGGUCAUUUGGGUCAGCUUUUUGUCAUUUCCCACUACUGAAGGAAUAACAAACAAAAAGGUUUUGUAAGUGUUUGGGUAUUUGUAUUACGUAAGGUUUGUUGUUAUGCUUUAUCCAACAUCUUUUGGAUAUGGGGGCGAAUUGAUUCUGUGAAAAAAUACUUAUAUAUGUGCAUGGUGGUAUGCAUAAUAAAAGUAAGGCAUGUGAUACAGUGCAUUCGGAAAGUAUUCAGACCCCUUCACUCUUUCCACAUUUUGUUACGUUACAGGCUUAUUCUAAAAUGGAUAAGAUAUUUUUUUCCCUCAUCAAUCUACACACAAUACCCCAUAAUGACAAAGCAAAAACCGUUUUUUUUUUUAUGUUCGCAAAUAUAUUACAAAAUAAAUACUUUAUUACAUAAGUAUUCGGACAACAUCGGGAGACUUCUGGGAACGCUUGUGAAACAGACCAAGCAGACCAGGCUGGGGUUUGGGGUUUGAGAAGUCAAUAGGAAGGUUUCCAUUGACCAAAAUCAUUGCGACACGUGAAAUGGAAACGGCAGAUAUAGGAGAUAUUUUCUAAAGAUCGACAACAUUUUUAUCCCGUUUGACAGGGGUGGAUUUGUAUUUUGUCUAACUUUCUUUAUUGCAACAAAUGAUGAUGGAAACAGUGUUUUUUAAAUAAAUUAUGUUAGAUUAUGAUUGCUGAAUACUUUUAAAGGUACAUGGGGCACAUGAUGUCAUCACGUAACUAUGAAGCUCCACUCCACAUUUAAUUCUAAAUGCCUACUGCUUGCAAAAUCUAAUUUUUUCAACUAUAAAAAUCAUGUUUCUUUGCAGGACAAGGAUUGUCCUGACUUUCAAGAAUGCCUGAAUUGCUUCGCCUUGCUUUUCUGGUUGGCUGGCAAGUUUCACCAUCCAAUUAUUUCAGAUCUACAGGAGUGCAAGUUUCACCAUGGCACGGACCAUGGUGAAUAUGGCAAAUAUUAGUAAAUUCUUGCAUUCUGUCCAUGCUGGCUUUCGAGGGCUACCUGAGACAUGAAACAGAUAGGUGGGAGGGCAUACAGACUUCACCAAUUUAUUAAUGUGCAAUUUCCCUGAUGGGUAAUGGAAACACAAACACUUCAACCACUAAAUGUUUAUUCAACACUAUUUUUUUUUUAGGUGUGACAUCAUUAUGUCCAGCUGUUUUUUAUUGACACAAGAUUAUUAAAUUGAAAUGCACCCUAGCAGGCAAUUGUUUCAUCUAUUUUCUAUGCAAACUUCCUACAUUUCGACAAAAAAAAAUCACUGUACAAGUUAAUGCAAACCACAGGGGGUUGGUGGCACCUUAAUUGGGGAGAACGGGCUCGUAAUAGGUGGAAUGGUAUCAAAUACAUCAAACACAUGGUUUGCAGGUGUUUCAUACCAUUCCAUUUGCUCUAUUCCAUCCAUUAUUAUGAGCCGAAGUGACAAAUUCUUCCUUAGUUGUUAAUUUCUUCGAAAUCUAAAGGCACAACAUAAAUUUGAGACAAUGUCUUAAGUAUACUGAACAAAAAUAUAAACACAAUAUGUAAAGUGUUGGUUCCAUGUUUCAUGAGCUGAAAUAAAAGAUCCCCACAUUUUUUUGAGAUGCACAAAAAACGUAUUUAUCUAAAAUGUUCUGCACAAAUUUGUUUACAUCCCUGUUAAUGAAAAUGUUUCCUUUACCAAGAUAAUCCAUCCACCUGACAGGUGUGGCAUAUCAAGAAAAUGAUUAAACAGUUUGAUCAUUACACAGGUGCACCUUGUGCUAGGGACAAUAAAAGGCCUCUCUAAAAUGUGCAGUUUUGUCACACAACACAAUGCCACAGAUGUCUCAUGUUUUGAAGGAGCAUGCAAUUGGCAUGCUGAAUGCAGGAAUGUCCACCAGAUCUGUUGCCAGAGAAUUGAAUGUUCAUUUCUCUACCAUGAGCCACCUCCAACGUUGUUUUAGAGAAUUUGGCAGUACGUCCAACCGUGUAACCACGCCAGCCCAGGACCUCCACAUCUGGCUGCUUCACCUGCGGAUCUUCUGCAACCAGCCACCCGGACAGCUGAUUAAACUGUUGGUUUGCACAACCGAAGAAUUUCUGCACAAACUGUCAGAAACCGUCACAGGGAAGCUCAUCUGCAGUCUCGUCGUCCUCACCAGAGUCUUGACCUGACUGCAGUUUGGCAUCGUAAUUGACUUCAGUGUACCAAAUGCUCACCUUCGAUGGCCACUGGCAUGCUGGAGAGGUGUGCUCUUCACGGAUUAAUCCUGGUUUCAACUGUACCGGGCAGAUGACAGACAGUGUGUAUGGCGUUGUGUGGCGAGCGGUUUGCUGAUGUCAACAUUGUGAAUAGAGUGCCCCAUUGUGGCGGUGGGGUUAUGGUAUGGGCAGUCAUAAGCUACGGACAACAAACACAAUUGCAUUUUAUCUAUGGCAAUUUGAAUGCACAGAGAUACCAUGACAAGAUCCUGAGGUCCAUUGUCGUUCCAUUCAUUCGCCGCCAUCACCUCAUAUUUAAUUAUGAUAAUGCACGGCCCCAUGUCGCAUGGAUUUGUACACAAUUCCUGGAAGCUGAAAAUUUCCCAGUUCUUCCAUGGCCUGCAUACUCACCAGACAUGUCACCCAUUGAGCAUGUUUGGGAUGCUCUGGAUCGACGUGUAUGACAGCGUGUUCCAGUUCCCGCCAAUAUCCAGCAACUUCGCACAGCCAUUGAAGAGGAGUGGGACAAUGUUCCACAGGCCACAAUCAACAGCCUGAUCAACUCUAUGCGAAGGAGAUGUGUCGCGCUGCAUGAGGCAAAUGGUGGUCACACCAGAUACUGACUGGUUUUCUGAUCCAUGCCCCUACUUUUUUUUUUAAGGUAUCUGUGACCAACAGAUGCAUAUCUGUAUUCCCAUUCAUGUGAAAUCCAUAGUUUAGGGCCUAAUGAAUUUAUUUCAAUUGACUGAUUUCCUUAUAUGAACUGUAACUCAGUAAAAUCUUUGAAAUUGUUGCAUGUUGGGUUUAUAUUUUUGUUCAGUGUAGUUGAACAUGUUAUUACUCCAACCUUGUCAAAGUGACAAACUGAUAUGUUUUCCUUUUCAUCAAAAACUACUUUAUAUCGAAGGAGUACCUUUGAUUUGACGGCCUGCACAUGUGCAGUUCUGCGUGAGAUGACUGUUAGACCCGAUGACGUGUUUCUGCGCAUGAGCUUAGCUAGCCAACGUCGCCAUGACAUCGCCUAAAAGUGUGAUUGGGGGAUUUCUAUUGGAGAAGCAGUUUCUGCCUAUCUUCAUACUGUACUGUCUUUGAUAAGAAAGUUCAUGUCCAUUCUAGUAUUCCAAUUCCUAAUUCUAUGGGCUGUCUAUUGAAGUGAUUACAUAAAUAACCAAUGUUUCCUGAGUACUGCUCUGAUCUAAUCUGAGACUGUUCUUGUUCUAAUCCAGAAUUAGAACUAAUCUCAGAAUGUUUUUCUCAUUCUAAUUCUAUGUUUUCUCUCUCGCCACAGAAUUCCUGAUCAUGGUCCAGUCCUGAGAGAUCCAUGGGCGCAGAGAGAGCAGCAGGUGUUCAUUCUCCUCUCCUUCCUCCAGCUUCCAGCCUCCAGUCUACUUCCUCAAGCCUACAGCAGCUUCCAUUCCUGGGAAUUUGAUUUUCUCUGUCCUGCUUGAAUUGUACCCUUCAAAUUUCGUUUUUUUUCAGAGCCCCUCUCUAUUCAAUAAAAUUAUUAAUCCGUGAAACCAUUUUUGUUUGCCUUUUUAUGAAAUUCUAGAAGGUUGUAUAGCUGUGUCGCCCCAUGUUUCCUUCCAAUGCGCCCGACAUUGUCUAUCAAAGAGAUUAAUAAACAUGUUGUAACCUAUUGUGGC